GAUACGACCUUGUUUAUCAGUAUAUUAUACAGUGUAUAUAUGUUGAUAUGAACUAGGACUUUAUACUUUAAGAUUAUUAGCCAUAUCGAACAUACUUUGAUCAGACCUGUGGACAAUAUUUUAAGGUGAACCAUGGUACACGGUGGUGGAUCCUGUUCCGGCGGGGGAUAUAGCGGUGGUGGAUUCAGUGGUGGAACCUAUAUGUCUACUAAUACUUACUAUAGAAACGGUCGUAGAAACGACUCGGAGGGCUGCUUAAAAUGUAUUGUAUGUGUAUGUCGCUGUAUUGGGAUAUGUGUCUGCUGUAAGGGUCAGAGCCAUGUCGGCCAGAUAUUGAUAUUCUGGGCGUGGCUUGUGGUGUUAUUUCUCAUUACCGGAUUGUCUGUGGGUCUUGGGAGAUUUGGUCCUACGGAUACGGCUGUCAGCCCGUCCGAUAUGAUUAUGAUGAAGAGAGGAAUCGACCCGACUUUCUGUGGGAGUGUGAGCGUACGAACCACGCUUCCUGUCAAUACCUACCUCUUGCCUAAAGCUCCACAGAUUGCGUCAGAUCGUGUGAACUAUUCAUUUAAUAAAACAACAUCCAUAAGUGACGACAGGUAUGAAUACUGGGGGUUUUACCUGAUUGCUGGUUCUGACAUAACAGUUCUUACCUGUGCAGACUCCUUCGGUGAUUUCUAUAUAGUCAAAGGAAAACACCAAUUUGGACAAUGGAAAAACGACAAUUAUGAUUCUGCCAAUAACGAGAGGCAUAUACUCAUAGGGGGAUGUUCCUAUCCGUUCUAUAGCAGAACAAGGGUGUCCUACCACAUCAGCACCACUGAUGAAUACUACUUUGUCUUCGCCAAUCAUGGAUCAUCAUCGAUAGGUCUCGACCUUACAUUCAAUCUUACGCGUACUAUAUAUGACUUGGGAGGCAAUGAAAGCCUUCUUUGUGUUUCCGCAACAUCAUGUACCGUAGACCUGUCGAGCAGCGACUCCAAGCAAACCAUUGUAGUAUACGUACCACCGUUUGAUGAAUUUGACUUUGACGUCACAACAGCGUGUUCCGCACUUAUUUAUGUUUAUAUUUUAAUAUUUUUCUUAAUACCGUUCACGAUUGGCAGUAUUUUUACGGUCGUUGUGCUACACAGAAAAAGAAGAACUACCAGCACUCCUGUUAAUGAGAGGAGGGAGCAUCAUGCCUUUUCAACAAAUACCUCCCCGCCUCAAUACCAGACGAUGCCACGCGAGUCUGAACGCGAACAUAAAUUGACAACCCCGUCCUACGGUUUCCAGGACGACGGCAUGGCCGUCCAACCCCCUUCCUAUGAAGAGGCAGUCGCACGGAAGGAUGGAAUGUGACAUCAGUGAUGUGAUUUAUGAUUGACACCAUGGCGGUGCUGUUAAAAAACACGUUUUGCUCAAACUAGAUUAGUCGGCCCACAUUGGCAACCUCGAUAUCUAGUCAAAUGUUCGCUAUAGAAGGCCUCUGGUAAGAUACUAUACUGGGGUAAAGAACCAAAUCUAUAAGGGCUGUAAGUUUGCGAUUUCUUUCAACUUGUCUAAUUUAUGUUUUAUUUUAAUGAUACACGUGAAUUAUUAUCAAAGAGUUUACAUUCACUUUUCGGUAGACAAUAUCAGCAUAACAUCAUUGUAACAAUGGUGAAUUUCAAAAUGAAAAUGACGCAAAAGGCGUCAUACUAAAAUGCUAGAUACCAAAAUGCUUCAGUUAUACAUGACCCCAUUUCAUUAUGUCAGAUCAUUUGAAUUUUGAAUGGCAUGUCUUUGGGUGAAAUGAAAACACCAUAGCUCAGCCAUUAGCGCUGCGGAGCAGUGGGGCUUAAGUGAAGAUCCGACGUGUGGUUUGCCAACCAUUCGGGAUCGUUUAUGGGCGGCUCAGAUCACAAACCGUCCUGUAUUUGUGUCCUGUGACAAGAAGCAUUUACCAAUUGAUUUAGAUAGCCUCCUUUCUUUUGUUCAGUGAGGUAGUCACCAUGUCUAUUCACGUAAAGAUGAACCCGCCGGAAACGCAAAAGCAUAAUAAGAUGCAAUGAUUAGUUGAAUGCGCCAUAAUAGCCGCGAACUUGUGUUUUUUUGAAAUUCGGAACGAGUUCAGCCUUAAGUAGCAAUAAAAUAAUUAAUUGUUCUCAUCAUAAGCACAGUUCACAAGAAAACCUCUGAUCAUCAAUAAUCCUCCAUUGCCAAGCCAUGCAAGUUUUACAAUUUGGCGCACCUUUCUUCUGACAAAGUUAUUUUCUAAAAAAAAAAAAGAAUUAUCUGUAUAGCAUGGAUUCCGGAUUCAAAGGAAUAAAAAUGAAUGUAAUAUUCACAUAUCUAAUAACACUUAACUUCUGUCCUUGAUGAUGUUGGCUGUGAUAAAAUCGUUUAUAUUAUGUUAUACUUUCUAGCCUUGUGAGAUAAGUUAUAUAAUUCCGGUAAUAUUUAUCUUCCAUGUCCAUUAAUAUGUGAUUGUAUAUAUGAUGACAAUACAAAAUUAUUGUGUCACCAAAGUAAACAAUUGUAUAAUAUUUACAUAUGCUGAUUCUAAUCUGAAACUCGUAAUGUUUUAGUGACGAUUCAGAUUGCUUUUAUUCUGAUACCCGUUUUAGAACUGCUUUUUGAUGUUGUUUCUUUUCACUUGAAAUAUACAAUAAAGAAUAUUCCCUAGUGAGUUAACAU